AUGCCUCCGCCUUCGGAAUUCCGAACUUGCCGGGAAGAAUUCCGCUGUAACGAUGAUGGCUUCUUUAGUUUCACUUCUACUGAACAGAAGCGUGUAGAAGAUUUGGUUGAAGAUCAGAUGAAAGGAUGCGCGACCACCGAAGAAGGUGAUGCACCGGUCACUCCAGUGCUUCAAAGGAGCCUCCAUGUCGAUUACCUUACAAAAUCUUUGAGGGAAUGUGGUCGUGGAUAUAGUGGUUUGGAUGCAAGCCGUUCAUGGAUGUGCUACUGGGGAUUGCACAGCUUGAACAUCCUUGGCGUAUCACUUCCGCAUAACCAAAAAGCUGACAUUCUCGCAUUUUUGAAAACUUGUCAACAUCCCGAUGGAGGGUUUGGAGGCGGACCAGGUCAAUAUGCUCACCUAGCUCCAACAUAUGCAAGUGUGAUGGCUUUGGCUUCACUUCAAACUGAGGAUGCCCUCGCUGCUAUCAAUCUAGAGUCGCUGUCACGCUUCCUUCAUCGGAUGAAACAACCUGAUGGGUCUUUCACCAUGCACGAUGGCGGUGAAGCUGACAUUCGUGGCACAUACUGUGCUCUGGCCGUUGCUGCCCUCUGCGGCAUCAUGACAGACAAGUUAAAAGACGGUGCAGCAGAGUGGGUCAUAAAAUGCCAAACCUAUGAAGGAGGCUUCGGUGGUGAACCAUUUGCGGAAGCUCAUGGCGGUAUCGUCCUCGCCGAUUCGGAAUUGUUGCUACAGUGGCUUUCAAAGAGGCAGAUGCGAUUCGAAGGAGGUUUCCAGGGUCGUACAAACAAAUUGGUGGAUGGCUGCUACAGCUUCUGGCAGGCUGCGAACUUCCCUCUCAUCGACGGGGAGAUGGCUCGAGAAGGACGUCUUCCAACUGAGGGCCUUUUCGAUGCUAGAAUGUUGGAAGAAUAUAUUCUGUUGUGCUGUCAAGAUGAAGCCGGUGGUUUCCGUGAUAAGCCCGACAAGUCACGAGAUCUCUACCACACCUGUUAUGUUCUCAGCGGUCUAGCAGUUGCACAGGCUUACUCGUCCACUCGCGAACCUGACGGAGUGCUCGGUGGAGCCCAGAAUGUUGUGGUGCCCAUCAACCCCGUGUUCAAUCUCACUACUUUAAGCGAACAGUUUGCUGACUUCGAUCGAACAAACGUAAAGGAGCCGAAGUCAAACGAACUCCCGGUGGCGCGAGAUUCAGGGAGUAGUGGCAAGAAGCACAAGGCGAAUGGUUUGAAACAACCUUUAAUCAAUGAAAUAAUCGAUGAUCCCAUCAAGGAUACUCUUGGAACUGCUGAUCUGUUAGCUUUGGAGGAAGAAGCGGACGAAUUCCUCAAAGCUGAUAUUGAUCUUUAUAACCAACAUGUGCGGACGCAAGGAGGUUCUGAAGCUUCUUGGUUGCUCUCUGUCAUUAAAAAGGGUACUGCUAGCGAUCGUAUGACUGCAAUGCAGCUUCAGAUGCAUACCUCACCGGUGCACUCGUUGUGCUAUAUGGAAAUUAUGAUUGGCUCUCUUGAAAGGAAGAAACACCAGAGAGGCACUGGAAAUUCUGCGGACUUGGCCUCAUUGGUUGUUGAGGAUCUGAGCAAGCGAGCUUUAAGAACGGCUCUAAACCUUCUUGCCGAACGUCCUGAGGGUGAAAGGUUCCUUCUGAGCAUGCUAGGUUAA